AUUGUGUAUUGUCGUUUCUACAUUGAGGAACAGUCAGAUCCAUUCACGAAAAUGCGCGAUGAAACAAUUUACCUAUAUGCUCAAAUUUGGAAUCAAACUGUCAAAAGGUUUUGGAGACUGACUUCAACCGGAUAUCCGACCGGCGUACCUGACCACGCAUAGUCUCUCGCCAGGGGUCGCUCGUGUCUGGAUCAUGUGUGGAUGACGUAAUAUCAAAACAUUCUCAGAAGGCCCCAGGACCCGGAAGUACUGUGUGGCAUUUGAUGACUUGAAAGUAUCAUAUUUACCCCCUCGGGUUGUGCUGUGCGUUUAAGAAGCUGCGUCAUGACUGAAAUUCGUGACAAUGUUUUCCUAUUUUUACCUCUUCUAGUGAAAAUGGUUGGUUUCCUUUCAAUACCGGAUCAACUGUCGACACCACGGUAUUGAGUCUGAGCAAGGCCUAGCCUCUAACUUCAUAUUGAAGUUCCGGGUGUGGGAUAUUGUCACGAGUUGUAUCUAAAAGAGACCUUUCGUCUGCGCAUAUCUGUUGGUGAAACAAAAGUUAUGGCAAGCAACAGUUGUAAGAUUUGGGUUUGCGUGUUUUUCUUCGUGUUGGCCAUCUGCUCCUUCAUAACGCUCAUCACGUUCGGCCCGCUCUACGGGAUAGACAGCGUUGCCGAACUGCAGUACCGGCGGACAGAGUGCACCGUGAAAGACUCUUCCACAAGCGAGGAAUCCUGUACGUAUAAAUGGAGGUGCACGCAAAAUGAUCCACAUGGAGGUCGGACAUGCCAAACCAGAGAAUCCACUCUACUUUGUUUGAACGUCACGGUGGAGUACACAAUUCCUACUUCAAGUGGAACUUUCACAAGUCAGUUGUCGGACUCGAUCUACGGUGUUCAAUACGGCAGCAAGUGUACCUUCAACACGGGCUGUCCUGGCUCUAGACGCAAAGUUGAGGAGUACAGCCGUGACUGGGGAACACAAAACCAGCGGUAUCAGUGCUUCUACGACCCGUCAAACCACAAGAACGUUAUCCGAACCAACAACACGACACUCGGCAAGUGGGGACUGUUCCAUCUGUUCUUCUGGCCGUCGCUCCUCACAGUCGUCGGUGUUGUUGGUACCUACGUCACUUGUCGCGCUCUACCAGGCCCGAUCUGUGGAGACAAAGCAGGUAGAAAUGGCGGGAAAGGGAGAUCAGCUGGUCAUCAUCCAAACCCGGCAUUUGAUGUCACACCUUCUUGUGACUCGCCUUCCUGUGACGGCAUCUAGUAAACAGAUAUUGGAAGGCUAGAUGUGGAGUUUUGAAGUCAUAUCUUCCUUUGACUCACCUUACACUAGUUACAGUGAGUGACCGCGUCCAGCAUAGUAAUCUCCGAGCAGAUGUUGGCGGGCAUAAUCGUGGAAAACAGUUGGUGACAUCAACGGGGAGAUUGGAAACUGUCAUGAUUAUACCUCACCAUAUCUGCUUGAAGAUUAGUCAUCAACAAUUGUUCUGUAGAUCGCCACAAAGAUAAUCCUUUAUGUACAGAAGCCCAUAAGGAUCCGUAUAAAGGACUUGGUCGUACAGAGCAUUUCUUGUUGUGCACUGAAUGCAGUAUGUUAGUUAGGAGGAUGUUUUUGUCGAUCUUAGCUCUGAAGCCACACUCUUUCAGAUAUCUAUCCACCCAUCAGUCCAUUUUCAUUCUGACA